AUGCGUACCCCAUCCUUCCCCCCACGCUUUAAAGGCAUUCUGGGCAAGGAUUUUGGGAAGUGCUUGGGUCCUACGCAAUCGGUAUCGCGAACAGUAGCAGCUGCCUCCUUCACAUUUCGGCGAGGAUAUAAUCAGCUCGGCACAGGCACGGCGGUUGUUCCGAACAGACGUGCACGGGUUGAAAUGUCAGACUCCAAGGCGGCAUUGCGCCUGAGGGCCAUCCAGGGCCAUAUGCAGAAUAAGGCGAUAUCAUCCGCGGCUUCCUCGUCCUCCUCCGCAUCCUCUUCGUCCUCUUCUCCCGCUCCGCAGCCUACUUCGCAGCAGCGGAGCCUUGAUUUUUCGGCGCUCGCAAGUCUUAUGCCCAACGAGGCCAAUAACACCACUGCGAUCUCGUUAUGGUACGUCGUUGCGACGGCUGCACUUCUCUCGUUCCACCAAGAGCCCGCAGUGGGAGAGCUAUGGAAAUACAUCAACGGCCUGAACAACUGCGACCAAACCACAAGAGUUACAAUUGCCCGGAGGAUUCGAGAAUGCUGCUUGAAAGCCAGCGUUCUCGUUGGCUUUCCUCGGGGAAUAAACUCUCUUUCCUCCCUCCAGUCCUCCAUCGAAAGCAAUUCUCCAGACCUCCUCCCCGUUCUAUCAAAAGAUACAUCCAUGCGCGCCCCGGUUCCUCUUGAAGAAAAACUCAAGCGUGGAAAGCACUUCUUCUCCCAAAUCUACUCCAACCAUACCGACCGUAUCCUGGCGAACAUGGGCAAGAGCUCGGGCGGAGACCUGAGUGACUUUGCUAUCAGGAGUGUGUACGGUGAACUCAUGGGUGAAAUGAGGAUUCUUAAUCCCAUGGAAACGGUCAUGAUGGAGUUUGUGUGCUGUUUGGCGGAUGAUGUUGCUCCGCAGGCUAAAGGGAACCUGGGAGCUACAGGCCAACAGGUGCUGGGCGCUGUGGAGCUUGUGAGAGAAAUCGCGAGACAGCUGGGCCUUGACAGGCCUGGAAACGGUGAUCAUUUUGGAUUCCUGGCCAAGGCAGAGACUUGGUAG